UGCUGUGUCUGUGUUAUAAGGUGGUGAUACUGUGAGGACAUGCUUUGAAUAUCAAUGACUUUCAGCAGUCUCUGACAUACAUGCAUGCUGGCGCACUCUCUCUGUCUCUCUCUCCACCCCCCUCUGUCUCACAUCAGAUCUGUUGAGGGCUGGUAAUUAAGCCAUUCAUUAGCCCAGCUGUUAUAUUUUAUUAUAUAUAUCUUUUAAGAUUGGAGGGCAGUCUGUUGGUUUAGUCCGUGUGCCAAUGAACAUAAAGCUGGAGAGGAGCUGCUGCCUGCAAACCUAACAAUCCAGAUUCAUUCAUCGGGCUUUGAAAUUCACGAAUGGCUUCUCCUUCGGAUCUACAGUAGAAAGCCUCGGAGCCAAGCUCGAUUUCGACUGGGAAGUGAAAGAUGUCCGGUGACAAACAGGGAAUGAAAUCUAGCUCCUCCAUCGUGCCAUGUUUCCUCUGUGUGGAGUUGGUCAUAAUGGCUGGCACCAUCCUGCUGGCGUACUAUUUCGAAUACACCGACACCUUCCCCGUUCACAUUCAAGGCUUCUUCUGCUACGACAAGACGUUCUCCAAGCCCUACCCUGGUCCUGAAGAGAGCAGCAGAGUGCCGCCUGUGCUGGUCUACUCCCUGGUCACAGCAAUACCAGCAGUCACGAUUUUGGCCGGAGAACUGUCUGCCUUUUUUCUCAGAUCGGACGCUGCUCGUGAAAAGACCAUUGCAACGGGAGAUUGCUGCUAUUUCAACCCCCUGCUGCGCAGAAUUGUGCGCUUUCUAGGAGUUUACUCGUUCGGUCUCUUCACCACCACGAUCUUCGCUAACGCUGGUCAGGUGGUCACAGGGAACCAGGCGCCCCACUUCCUGACGGCAUGUCGCCCCAACUACACAGCGCUGGGCUGCCAAUCUGCCCUGCAGUACAUCACCGAUCGACGGCCCUGCACUGGCAACCCCGGCGUGGUGGCGUCCGCCCGCAGAUCCUUCCCUUCCAAGGACGCAGCUCUGAGUGUCUACUCGGCCGUCUACACCGUGAUGUACGUGACGCUGGUAUUUCGAGCGAAGGGCACCCGGUUAACCAAGCCCACGGUUUGUCUGACCCUCCUCUCCCUGGCCGUGCUGGUGGGGGUGAUCCGAGUAGCCGAAUACCGGAACCACUGGUCUGACGUGCUGGCGGGCUACCUGACCGGGGGCUCCAUAGCCACAUUCCUGGUUACUUGUGUGAUCAACAACUUCCAGAGCAGACGGGUGGAGCCCCUGAAGCCGGUGCGCCCCGAGCCUGUGGGGGGGAUGCCGAUGAUGUCACUGCCGUGCGUCGAGAGUCCACUCGAAAAGUUAAGUGGCGUGCAGACUCAGCGAGCUGCAUUCUCAGAGAUCACAUGAGCGACAGCCGUACCUCUACCCUGUCACUCCGGACGUGCUCAUUCCAUCGCGGUCCAUCUCCAGCGAAGUCUAGACCAGCCGUCAUCGGCUCUGCACCCUUCCGCUCUGCCCCAUCACAAACCCACGACAGCAGAGCCCAGGCCUGCUUCUCUCCUCUCGUCUGAACCGCACAGGAAAGAAACGCAAGCAUUCCACCAACCGCCGAGUCUCAGCCAGCCGAGCCAGCUUUCUUCUUUAGGGACGUGUUAAAUCUACCAGCGUAGUGAAGCCAGGGAGUCUCUGUUAAAGUUAUCAGCAACUGCAGGUGAUGGGAAUAAGACUCCUGUUGCACAGCAGUGCGAUCCAUUCCUGGUUUUUACCUAUACACUGGGGCUAAUCAAGCUCGUAGAAAAACCUGGAAUGGGUGAAACUGCUGUGCAACUGGAGUCGUAUUGUCAUCCCCAGAACUGUGCUGUUGAUUAUGUGCCAAAAAAUGAUUUUCUUUGACCAACAUUUCCAUUAGAAGUCUUUCUCAGGGAGUGGCUCACCUGUCAAAGUCAUGACAAAGAUUCAGUUUUUGAGACGUCUGUGUCGAGGUGAUUUGACUUGGCGUUCAGGAGCUGCUCUUGUUCUAGUUGCUGCUGCCAUAGGUAUUUGUAACACAGGCCAAAGUGUCUUUAUAUGACUAAGCGCCAGCACCAUCUAGUGCACGGCUAGGGUACUGCCAGCAAAACAAAAGGAAAUUUAAUCCAAAGGGGCAAAUCACUAGAUGACGUUGGCUCUUUCUUCUAUAAAUACAUUUGACUGAUCAAAGCAACAUCUAUAGCAGGCAACUAGACCUGAAAAGCAGCUCUUGAACCCGGGUAAAAGCACCUUAAUCAAAGAAACAAACAGUUGUUGAAUAAUUGCACACUCAGAAUGAUUGCACACAUUAAAAAAACAAUACAGGACGGUAAAAAAAAAACAGACAAAGAAAGAGAUUGAAAUUUGAAGCUUCUGACUUAAAUUACAAAGCAUUGCUCGUAGCCCGAUCAUUUGAUGAUGUGCAGACCAGCAGGUGUCUCUGAUGCGUUUAGACACGGUUCAUUGUUCAGUUUAUCAACAGCUUGCUUGCCGUCUGUGUCACAGAUGAAAACAAGUGGUGGAUUUAACACCUCGUCCUUCCUUCUGUGCAGCAGCAAAAACGCAGGGAAAAAUACUUAAAAAAAACCAGGACAAAACAUUCCACCUCAAUUCGAGUCAGGACUAUGAGGCCGACCCUCCUGUCCGGAAAAUACAAAAGCACCCGACAGACGCCAGGAAAACAUUCCGCCCCCAGCCUUCGGAACAGGGUGUCAUCUUCUGCACUACAGAACGAAACCAACCGCGGAAAAACACCAAGAAAAAAAACACAUUCCACAGUGAGGGGAGUCCAACCACAACGCAGACGCUGUGGAAGAAACGCCCAGAGCUACAGAAUCACACUUCCAAAGGUACAGCUGGAAGAGACCAAGAGAAGCAGGCAAACGCCUCCUUCAGCGCACUUCUGCACAGCACACUGAAGAGGGCGCUGGCCGCAAGUCUACUUGACUUUAUACAUAAAAAACAAAGGACCCUGCUGUUUUCAAUCUUUCUGUCAUGGAUUAGUUAGUCUAUUUAUUUUAUUCGAUUAUUUAUUUGUUUAAUGUAUUUUUCCCCGCCCCCAUACAGUAGUCUCUUUCUAAGCAGUUGGCACCAAAACCGGUUCCGAUCAGUGAUUUUUGGACUCCUGAUCAUAGUCUGUACCGUACUGAAAAUGCCUGCUCGAUGUUUUUGCAUACUUCUAUUACAUCAAAAAGAAGAUGAAUUAAAAACAAAAAAGACAGACAGACAGAUGUUUGACAUGCAAGAUCCUGCUGUACUUCUCACUGUAAAACCUCCUACUACCUGAAAUAAUUGGUGACAGUGGGUGCUGGUAAAAUGGUUUUCAUCCUCUUGAUAUGGCAUCCCCCUCCUAUUCAACCUCCAAAAAGGAUUUCAGUACCUCCUACAGUACAAUGUUUAGUACUGUGAAUGCCAGGGGCUCCGGGCUGGGCAGCACCUUGUGACAGCAGGACAGCAGAGUUGUGUGCAGAAAGGGGGCGUGUGCACCAGUUUGGAUAAUCAAGGUUUUAUAACACGCGAUCGACGCCUGUUGAAACCCCGAGGAUUGCCAUUCACCUCAUCCCCAGUCGUUGCCCUUUGUUCAGGUAGUUUGUGUCUGGCCUAUGUCUGGAAGCCUAGCUGGGGCUGACGGAGUCCCGUUUCAAAUCGGGUGGAUCUUGCAGAGUGUCUGCCUGCAGCCAGCAGAAACAAACCAGGCUGAUUUCAAACCGCUUUCAACUGAGACAGAUGGAAACGUGCCAAUAUUUAAACCUCUUUAACUCUUUCAAGACUGCAGACCAGUAAAGGGGUCUCUGCAGCACCACUCAGCACAGAAGACCCGUUCACCUCUUCCAGUCUUGGAUGGGACCCUAUAUACAGUCAUUUCUAUGUGUUUUUCCAUGCAAGACACUGAAACUAAUCAAUUAAUUCAUAGUAGGGUUGUCUUUGUGCAAAGUUACAUAGGCGUUGACCACCCAAUACCCUGAUAAGACACAGCUGGAUUUUUUUAAAGCAUUUUACAGUAUCAGGGAAUCCACCUGGAUAGAGGAUAGAGGACAGCUGAUAACCGCGGAUCACACAAGGAUCCAGCCCAGGACUGUAAAACGCUCUGCGGUUUUCAGAGCUCUGGGAAAGGGUUCCUGUUUGAAGGUUUUAACGUGUCCCUGUAGAAAUGCUGCACUGUCUACAAUGGAACCCCGUCCUGGU